AAUUGCGUGACACUGAAAACCAGCAAUUCGAACAGAGAGAUUCAACCAGACAGUUCAGGUUCCCUGUUAUUGUUAUAAAAACAGGUUCACGUUGUUAACUGGAUGUAUAUCGAGUUAUAGAUACACUUGAAAAUUUAAAUAGCACUCGAAAAUCUCGAUUUAUUCUUGGCUACGAUCAUUCACGUCUCCAGAUCUAGAGCUGCAUGUCUAUACAUGUCCAUCUUAUAUAUAAUCGGCAGUGAAACUCUUAUUAAUUCAAACAACUAGCUGAUCUUGUGCCUUCAGCGCCAUCUUUCCUUUGUGCUAAGCUAAGAGUGACAGUUGGCUCUGCCGGAGACGAGAAUGACCUACGCGUCGAUCAAAUCAUUGUAUCCAGACAAAACUUGACUGAAGCAGCUGAGCAACAGCGAUAAGCAUUGAACGAUUCUUUCUUAUUCACAGUUUCGACACUGAUUGAAACUUCCUCAGCUGAAUGUUAAUCAAAUAGUUUUUCAAAAAAAAAUUAAUGAUGAUUUUCGGACAAAAAUGAUACCUUGUUCAACAUUUCAUGUACUUCAAUAAGUCACGUCAAUUUGAUCUCCUGAUAAGUAAUGUUUUCAAAGUGGUUGUCCAAAGUUUUUAAAAAGCGUUUUGGAAUCCCCGCAAUUUUUCAGUUAUUCAGUUAAAAGUAAGAGUAGCUAUAGUUCUUGAGAGUACAUUCAACUGAUGCAGUUUCCGAGCCAAACAUUUUCGUUAUGAGUAACACGCUGAUAGAGGUGUUUAGGGUUCAUUGUGUUAGCUUAACUCGAGGCACAAUUGCAUAUGCUGGACAAAAAGCUUGAAAAAACUGAGAGAAAAAUAAGUUUCGAUCCGUGGACGCAAGGGUCGAGAGAGGAAUGACGUGCCUCGAUCCAGCUACUGACAGAAAAACAGAAAAUGCAGCCAAGUUCGAACCACUGAAAGAUGUUUGAGAACACUUUGAAAAGACCGCAGUUCCUUUAGCUUAAAUAUUCAUGAAGUUGCCAUGUUAUCAUAUCGACAAAUAAAAUUCAAUUUUUUCGGCUUGAAAAUUUGAAUGUGGCAUACAGGGAGAUCUUUCCUUGGUUUGCAUGAAAAAGACUUUCUAGAAUCGCACGAAAAUGCGUACCCUAUGAUUUGCCAAGUAAAACACCCUUCCAUGAACAGCCAAUAGAUAGAUCAUUAUUGACCACCUGCUUUUUACUUAGAUUUUAAAGUCGAAAAUUGAGGGUUUUAGUAGAUAUAUAGUAAUUAACAGGCGGAACAAAAAAGUGUUCAUAAAAAGUGAAUAUUUGAAAACAUAACUUCACAAGACACAACAGUUAUACGGCCCGCUGAUUUCUCGACAGAAGGCUUCGAACGAAAGAAAAACAAAUAUCACCGGAAGACAUAGUUUGUCAAAUGCAGAUUGCCACCAAAGUUCAGUCACGUUGCUUGCUGUACCCCUAAGAGCAUCACUAACCAGGUGUCGAUUAGAAAACGGGCUCCUGCACUGACAAAAAACUAGGUGGGUUUUGAAAUAUUUGUUCAACUGGUCUCCCAACCAAACACGAUGAAUGGAAACGCCCUGAUCGAGGUUUUUGGUCAUAUCGUGUUCAGUUUUACACGAGGAGUGACAGAGCACUACAACCCACAAGACCCUGAAUACACGGCAGAGUCUUUUGGCUACAGUCCUGUAGAGAGCACAGGCCAAGAAUGGUACCGUCACGGAGAUGCUGACGAGGAGUGUAUUUAUCAAGAAUACAGCAACAGACAAGCCACAACUUUAGACUUCAUAAGAUCUAGCAGAAUUAAUGCAAGCCUUAUAGACGCAAGUUUCCCAGAGGAGAACGAUGAAAUAGAGGAAGAUCAACAAGAUGAAGAUAGAGCAAUGGCUUGGAAGCGACUCAGACCAUCCGCUCUCAGAACGGUUUGUAAAUCAAUGUACAUUGGAGCUUUGAUUUCUUUACUAACUGCUACAAUCAUAGGUUCAGUAUACAUGUUGAGCUGCUAUCUAUGUCUUAAGACUGUAAACAACUGUGAAUUUUACCCAAAGAGAUCCUUUCCAGUAAACGUCCAAUGGAUGAGAUCAAUUUCUGCUGCAGUGGCUUGUGUUUUCCUAUACAGUUCCUUCUUUGUGAACACCUUAUUUCUCUUUCGCCGGUAUCAAUUAAUGGGGGUGAAAGGAAAACUGAUCCUGGCUGCUUGCCUCACAUAUUUCUUGGACUCAACUUAUCGAGUGUUUCUACAAGCUUUGGGAAUAUCUCAUUCCAAGCUUUCUACUUUGCAAAAACUUCCACUCUAUGUCUUUUUCUUUAUGAGUGUAUGUGUUCAAGCCUAUCUUCUAACGAAUCACUUCCGUCUGCGACGGACAAGGAGACAGCAGCUGGCUUUGUUCUUGCAAAUGACAGCUCCUCUCUGUUCCAUUAUAAUUCUUGCCGUUGCUGUGGUCGCUAUCAUUUAUCCUCUGUGUAACGUGCAAAGCAAGGAAAGUAUUCUACGCCUGGUAAUCGCACUCUUUGCUCCUCUCAUUGGAGUCUUAUUUAAAGUAAUCUCACGAAUUUCUGUUCAGCGGCUAGGCAACGUUACCCAUCCAAGAUAUUCGUGUGUCCUGUUAGCGCCAUUGUAUUGUGCCUCAGCGAUUAUGUUCCGAGUGUUGCAAGCAGAUCUUGACAGUUUACAAUCCAUGGCUGUUCUUGGAUUGAUUCACGGCGCUACAGAAGUUAUAGAACGAAGCACAAUGGUUGUGAUUGAUCACAUUUGUCAUGUGAUUUGCAAAAGAACAUCAGCUCCUUGGGGAAGUUUUCGUACUCCUCGCCGUGAGAGACUAAUGGCUGAUAUCACAAUCAUGAGCAUGUUGUAUGAAUCAACUGCUAUAGUGUCUAUGAACGGCGUUUUGUAUUUGUAUGAAUAUAUGUUCUUAAAAGACGAUUCACUCUUAGAACCUUUACAGUCUUUUGCUAUCACAACUUCAGUUCAACUGGUGAUCGAGUGGUUUUUCACUAGCGUCUCUCUAGCGAUAGAGACUCGCUAUCAGAAUAUAGCUGUCAUGGCUGUUUGGCAAAGAAGAUGGAAAAGACACAUUACAGUGGCAGUUUUAGCUACUAUUUCAUCAGCCCCAUGGGUUAGCGUAAACUUUUUAGGCAUGGCACAUGAGCGUUUUGAGGCGCCCUCAAAUCAGCCUUGUGAAAUGCCGUUUGCUUAAAACUGGAAAUCACAACUGAAAAGCAAAUCAGACACUAAACGGCUCGGCGUUCUGCUACGUCAUUAGCUUGGCUCAUCGAGAGGGAAAAAUCUAUUUUUUUUGUACAAUUCCAACUAAAAUUUACUCAAAUAACGAUUCCUGAUUAUUUUUAUACCUAUGACAAUGUAUUAAACUGUUUACCUUAGAAAAAUCGCUUAGAAAAUUAAUGGAGUUAGAAAAGUUUGGACUGAAUUUGUAAAUAAAUGAUUUAUUUUCGUUUUGCUUUUAAUGAGCUCUGCGAUUGCCUUAAAAAAAUUAAAGCAUAGUUUGGAUAAGUGUUCUGACCAAUUCCUUGUAGUAUGUUGUACCAGGACCAUUCAAUAUACAGAGUCGAUAUUUUUGUAGCUCGGUCAGUAAAUGAGGUGCUCAUGCUUAUGUGCAAAAUAUUGUAAACAAAGAUUACCCUGUUGGUUGACUCUAUUUGCUUGCCUUUCUAUUGCUUUUAAAUAUUGCUAAGCGAUUGUUGUGUGUAUAAUAUCAUAUCAGUAUCAUUAUUUUCCUUUCAGCUAACUUGUUGAUUAUUUGAAAUUGUCUUUGGUAACUGAGUAAUUCAAUUAUCUCUGUAAAUAAAGUGUUUAAAAAUUAUUACUGAAAGGUGUAUUUGUUUGAGAUUUUUGUGUAAGUAAUUGCCCUGCUACAAAGGCUAGUAUAGAUAUCCGUUUGAGUCUUUCGAUACGAUCCUAUUCAAAACCAGGCCUGUAACGGCGCGACUGCAUGUGUAAUCGUAUAUGUAAAUUAUGUCUUCAUUGUAUACAAGCAUGUAAUAUAAUGUAUGGAUAGAGCACAUAAAGAGUCGGCCAGAGUUUGUAACGGUUUCGAAACGUUGACAUCAAAGCGGUAGACAUUUUAAAAAAUUCCGAGAAACUAAAAACUCUUGUCAUUUUCGAAAGUGGUAAAUGAUUGUGAAGGUAAAUUUAUAUGUAUGACGCUGACAACUGGAAAAGAAAAUUUAUUGUAAAACCCAACGUUUUCGACAUAUUCUCAAGAUCAAGGUUGACCAUGAGGAUACUGAAGGUGGAUAUAUCAGUAUGGAUGUGCAAUCGAAAGUAUCGGUAAUUUUGAUUGACUGUUUCGGACCGGACACGUUGAUAGAUUUCAGAAGAAAGCGAGAAGUGUUGCAUCACGCGCACGAGAAGGCUUUUAAAAUAACGUUUCUGGCUAUUCUUCAGCUUCCCAAAACCCUUAUCCUAUUUAUAACCAAACUCUGCGAUA